AACAGCUGGAUCUACUCUCAUCUCCAUCUAAAGUGCACGUUUGAUGCUUUCAUAUGCCGACAUUUUGAUUAACGUUAGCUUGGAGAGCUAAUGUAACUGGUUGAGCCACAAGCUAAAGAAAACGACGCCACAAAAACCAGUCGGUCCGACUGACUGACACGGAUAGGUCGUGUGACCUCCGUGUUUAGCUCUACUCUCCAGAGAUCAAACAUGCAGCCAGCGAGUUGUUUCAGAAUAAGCUCUGCUGUGUUAGUCUCUAACAGCGUGGCCUUCCUGUGUCCCGCUCUCCUGCUGCAGGACGUGGAAGCAGCUCUGAGGAAGAUCAGAGAGGAGAACAGAGAACAGAGGAGAGCACUGGAGAGAAAACACCAAGACAAGAAAGGAAUUAUGUUUGAGAUCCGGUUGGAUGAGGAAGGGAUGAAAGGCGACGGAGAGAAAGAGAAGGAGGAGGAGGAGGGAAGAGAGGAAGAGGAGAAGAAAGAGGGAGAUGGAAGCGGAGGAAGAGGAAGUGGACCCUCUGAACCAGACCCUGAGCUUCCAGGAAGGGGAGGAGUUGAAGCUCAGGGAUUGGUCGGAGGAGAGAAGGGGGUGGAGCCAGAGGACUCCUCAGACUCUGCUGGACGCGCUCGCCGACAUGGACGUCAACUCCGUCUACAACACCGCCGCGAUCGGGGGGGAACAAGGUGCCGUACACGCGGAAAACAGCUGAUUGAACGUAUCCCAAUCAUACAUGAGAUACUAUUAGUCAGUGACAAAGGCCGUUCAUCAUUUCAUCUCCUCGUUCUCUAUCUAACUUUUUACAACAACACUGAUUUAAUGUUUACUUUCAUCAGAUACUUUAGUUUUUAUUUCAGUUCUGAACUGUGUUUACUCUCCUAUUCAGAGACAGAGAAGGACAGAGCAGAAGAGGAAGAGGAGGACUCUGAUGUGGAGAUGGAUGAAGAGCGUCUGGAGCCGAGAUCAGACGAUGACGACACGAACUUCGAGGAGUCGGAGGACGAGCUGAGGGAAGCGGUGGCCGACUCCAUGAACAACCUGUUCGUGAUGGAGGACGAGAGCUCGGACGAGGCGGAGCGCCCGGAGGAGAGGGCGUGCGGUGGCGGUGGCGUCCGACGGCACGGAGGAGAACGAGGGCGGAGGUCCACAGAUCCGACAGCAGGACGUGGUUUCCUCCGAGCCUGAAGAACGAGACGCUGAGACCGAGAGCUCGGACGAUCCCACGGCUACAGUAAAGGCCGACUGACCAGUCCUCCCACAAACAUGUUGAUGAGUGUUUUUGUGGUUAUGCGGGCACGUUUUUCUUAAAAAAUCCGAUGGAAUAUGCCGGAUAUUUAUGCAUUUUUAUGCGAUGAAAUCGCAGGAACUUGAAAAAGAGAAAAAACUGUGAUUUCCCCUCCAUCACUUCAUAACGUUCC